AUGGAGAGGUCUGUUCCUGCAAAUAAACCAAAGGCGUUCAAGUUCUUUAACUUUUGGACUGCGCACCCAGAAUUCUUGAAACUGGUUCGGGAGUCUUGGGAUAUGCCCGUGGUUGGUGAUCUGAUGCUAAUUCUUUUCAGGAAAUUAAAAAGACUUGAAAGGGUUCUGAAAAGGUUGAACAGACAGUGUUAUGAUGAUAUUUCUUCGCGUGUUGCAAAGGAGAAAAAGCUUCUUGAAGAGCAACAAGUCCUUAACUUUUCGGGGAAGGGAAAUGAUGAGGAUGCUGCUAAAGAGAGGGCUUUUAGUCGAGAGCUUGGUGAGCUUGAGAAGAUAGUGAACUUUUAUAGGCAGAGAACUAAGAUACGUUGGCUGCAGGAGGGUGAUAUGGGUACGCAUUUCUUUCACUCAUUGGUUGCAAUGAAGAAGAAGCGUGAAACCAUUCGGGUUCUCCAUGAUGAAGCAGGGCGUAAGCUUGAAUCUUUUGAGGAAAUAUCUUCGGAGGCAGUAGAAUUCUUUAUAAGUAUGAUUGGGAGGACAGACUCGGCUGUGAUGGAUUGUGAUAUGGUGUUGCUUAGAGAUAUUAUGAAUUACUCUUUGCUGGCGGAUGUGGCAUUACUGCUAACUAAGGAGGUCUCUAAUGAAGAGAUUCGUCUCGCGAUCUUCCAGUAG